AUGACAGACUCCUCAUAUACUGGAAUUGAUUUAGGAAGUUGUACAAUUGAAGUUGCAUAUUUUAAAGUUAAUAAUAGAAUAGUUGAAAAUGCAAAGUUUAGUACAGGGAAAUGUUAUUAUCCAACAUUCUAUGGAUAUAAUGCUAAAACAAAAAAAGAGUUAUAUGGUGAUGAAGCUAAACGAGCAUUAUCUAAAAAAGGAGUAACAGUUGCUUAUGAAUUUAAGAGAUUUAUUGGAAAAUUAUUUGAUGAUAAAGUUAUUGAAAAAGAUAUUAAAAGAGUUCCAUAUAAGGCAGUUAAGAUGGAUGACUCAUCCAUUGGUAUUCAAAUGGAUGUAGGAAAAAUUAUGUCUCCAAUAGAAAUAUAUUCUAAAUUAUUAAAGGCAGCUAUAGAUGACUUAAAAACUAAUCAAAUUAGUCUUGAAAAUGUUGUUGUUACUGUUCCACUUUCUUUUGGUGAAAAUGAAAGAGAAGCAAUUAAACACUUAUUUGACGAUUUUUCACUUGACAACUUAGAAGUACUAAAUGAGUCAACAGCAGCUGCAAUUGACUUUGGAUAUGGUGAUUUUAAAAACCAAAAAAAAGAUGGUAAUUUUGUUGUAUUUGAUUAUGGAGGAGGGACAUUAGAUAUUAGUGUUAUUCAAUACGUUCUUGACAACAAGACAAAUAAACACAAUUUUAAUGUUUUAGUUCAUGGCGGUCUCAUGAAUAAUGGUGGUAGUGAUAUAGAUGAAUUAAUUGCAAAACACGUAAUUUCAGAAAUAGAAGAAGGCAUCUAUGAACUAGAUGACAUUGAUGAAGAAAUUGAUUUCCUCCAGUCUAAGAUUGGAAAGUCUAAACUCAAAGUUGAGUGUGAAAAAUGUAAAAUUGUUCUUUCUUCUCAAAAUUCGUAUACCUUCACAUUACCACAAUCUGAUGAAGAUGCUAGUGAAGUUGAAUUUACCAUUUCUCGUGAAGAAUUUGAAAAAAUUUGUUCCCCUCUUUUUAAAGAAGCUGUUAAUGAAUUAAUUGCAGUUAUUGAUAAGGCAAAUGUUCCAAUUAAUGAAAUUCUUAUGGUAGGUGGUACUUCUUCUAUUCCAUUCAUUUCUCAAAUGAUUCAACAAAGUACUGGUGUAAAACCAAUUGUUUCUGACCAUCCAUUAUUUUCAGUUUCAAGAGGGGCUGCACUUAAAAGUGCAGAAUUUCCGAUUAAUUUAUCUAGUACAGAAGUUGCUACUUAUUCAGUUGGAAUUGCAACAUAUAAUCAAUUACUUGGAAUUAGAACAGUUCAAACAAUUAUUCCUCAACAAAGUAAAUUACCAUGUAAAAACAAAUUUGAAUUUGUGGUACCUAACGAAAAUCAGAAAACUAUUCAACUUGAUUUAUAUAGAGAUACAAGUAUUCCAAUUCCAAGUAAAUUUAUUGGAAGUGUGUGCGUUGAUAUUAUGGAUAAGUGUCAUAAAGGAGAUAGAGUUGAUUUGUUAAUCAAAAUGAAUCCUGAAGGAAUAUUAAAUAUAACUAUUGAAUUACCACAAUCACUUCUAUCUUCUAAAUAUGAAGCGGAAGUAAAAAUUAAGCACAGAUAA